UAAAACUCCACAACUGACCGCUACUCCAUAUCUGUUGCAAGGUUAUGGGUUGGGUUUUUAUGUUUUAUUUAAAGACAUCCCCUCUCUUUAUGACAGCUGUUCUUCAUCUGCCAAACCUAUUUUUCAUGACUUGUUAGCCAGGGCACUUUUUUAUAUUGGUUGCUGUUUCAUACAGGCUUGUUGGGGCCAUAGUAACUUGAAGGAUAGUACAGAGAACAACCAUAUGCAUGGAAAGUGUAAUUCAAAAUUGUGUCUGUACAUUAUGUAUAAUAAAAAAUGAGGUAGCUUUUGGUAGAAAAAGCUCUUGUGCAGCUCUUCCUGCAGCAGCUCAAAUUUGUCAAUUCAUCUUGCUUUUCUGAAUACAGUAAGGAAUAAAAGCAAGCUACUUUUCCAUAAAUUGUUUUUUUGUUUGUUUCAGGAAGCAGCUGUAGCUGUUGCUUGAUACCCUCUUAGAAAUGAUUUUAAAUACCUUAGCUCAUGCUCUCAUUCAAGCUUUAUUGGUCUAAUGGUUGUCUGGAGCAACAGUGGAAAGAGUACAGGUAAACAAGAGUGAAAAAACAUCGGACUGAUUUGAUAGCUGUACCCUGACUGAAUUAUCUGCUUAUAGUAUCUAAAGGCUGUACUGCAAAGAAUCUCAGCCAGUUUUUUUGCAUUUGGAAAGACACAAUUACUUGGAAGAGCAAAUUAAAUAUGCUAUUUAAUUUUUUUAUUGAAUUAUAAUAGUCAGAUUAAGUCUUGGCAAAUAAAAUAUAAUAAAUUGUAAGAUGCAGCAAUAAUAAUAUUUUAUUGGUAAUAUUUACGGAAAUUACUCAUUAAGUAUUGUACUUUUUAUUUUGUGCAUGUGUAAGCUAAUAUCUGCUAUGCUGUCAGAGAGGGUCAGGGAUGUGGUUUGUGAUGAUAAUUAUCUUUUAUUGCCCUAUCCUAUAUUGUUUUACAAUACAUGCGUUAAAUCUCCUAAAGGUUUUUAAAUGCAAGAACUGAAUAAAAGGGAAGUAGCUUUAGUGGUCAAGUGCCUGUUUCUUCACAUGUUCUUUCUGUGAUAGCGAUCUGUGCCACAUUUGUAUGUUCCUUAAAAUACUGCAGUGCCCAACAGAAGGAUCAGAAAUAAAAAGCAGUUUAUGCAGUGGUCUGUGGAAAACUGAUGGAGCUUCCUGCCAGCAUCAUAUGGGCUACCGAUGAGAGUGGAUAUCUCUGCAAUUAAUAAUUCAGCUGCUUCUUGUCAUUGCUUCCCAUAUAACCUCUGCUAUUUCUGCAGCUCUUUUAAUUGAGGCACAAGUGAGAAGUUACAUGGCCAAAGAAAUAUGGGAGCCAUGGUGUCAUGGAAAGGGAUAUACUUCGUACUUGCACUAUUCUUGGGAAGUUUUUUUGGAAGUAUAUUCAUGCUCGGUCCCUUGCUACCCUUGAUGUUUAUCUCACCGGCCUGGUAUCGCUGGGUCACCGAUCGUGUUGUGGCCACUUGGCUCACGCUCCCAGUGGCUUUGCUGGAAAUGGUGUUUGGUGCCAAGGUGGUUGUCACUGGUGAUGGAUUUGUUCCUGGAGAAAGGAGUGUCAUUAUCAUGAACCAUCGCACACGAAUGGACUGGAUGUUCCUGUGGAACUGCCUGCUGCGAUACAGCUACCUCAGACUUGAAAAAAUCUGUCUCAAAUCCAGUCUCAAAAGCAUUCCAGGAUUUGGCUGGGCGAUGCAGGUUGCUGCCUUUGUUUUCAUUCAGAGAAAGUGGGAAGAUGACAAGAGUCACUUUGAAAAAAUGCUGGAUUAUUUCUGUGACAUUCGUGAACCACUACAACUCCUCAUCUUUCCAGAAGGAACUGAUCUCACAGCCAAUACCAAAGGCCGCAGUAAUGAAUUCGCCGAAAAGAACGGACUUCAAAAAUACGAGUACGUCUUACAUCCACGAACUACUGGAUUCACUUUUGUGGUUGAGCGUCUAAGGGAAGGUGACAAUCUCGAUGCUAUCCAUGACAUAACUGUGGCAUACCCCCAAAACAUUCCUCAGACGGAGAAACACCUUUUGAAGGGAAACUUCCCAAAGGAGAUUCACUUCCACGUCCAGAGAUAUCCCAUAGAGACAGUGCCCACUUCUAAGGAGGAACUGCAGCUUUGGUGCCGGAAGCGUUGGGAAGAGAAAGAGGAGAGACUCCGACACUUCUAUGAAGGUGGAAAGUGCUUCAGUGCAACAGGGCAAAGCAUUAUUCCACCGUGUAAAUCUGAGCUCAGGGUCUUCGCAGUUAAGUGCAUCUCGCUCCUGUACUGGACGGUGUUCCCACCGGGUAUGCUUGCAGUGCUGUACCUGUACAGCUUUGCACGAUGGUAUUUUGCAGCCAUGAUCAUCUUUUUUGUUGUGCAGCAAAAGAUAUUUGGUGGGCUGGAACUAAUUGAACUCGCUUGUCAUCGAUAUUUUAAAAAGCAACAGAAAUUUCACGACACGAAAAUAAAAAACAAUUAAUUCCGGGGUAGAGAAAGACGUGAAAAUGGGUGGUUUUGAGAUGUCCUGCAAAUUUUAUGCACAGGGAAGAAUUUUUGCAUGAGAAUUGUCUUUUACUAUUGCCGUUGUUAGACAUUUGCACUCGAUUCUGUGAAAAGAAAGAAAAAUGUUAGUUAUUGCUACACGUGAAAAUGGUAGUUUUCAUCUCUGAAUGUAAUUUCAACAUUGCUCUUGCAAGCAGCUAGCAACUGCAUUCUGCUGUAAUUACGAAACAAAUUGCUGGAUUAUUGAACACUCGUAAGGACGUUAAUAAAUGUGACAUGCACUGAACUGUCAUGUAGAAACCCAAACUGUCCAGCUGAGAGACAGAUGUAUGAUUUCGGUACAAUCACAUUGUCAUAAAGUGAGCACCAGAUUUGGAAAGCUGGUAAGUUUAACAAUGUUUUGAUGGUAGGUGGAAGUUGGAGGAGUUGUUGUUCUGUUUCUUUUUUCUAUUUCAAAUAUUCAACCUUAUUUUAAAAUAUUAUUUUCGCAUAAGCUUUUCCAAACACUGCUGAACCUACGACUAUUCAGCUGUUCUGGCUUGGUCGCUCAGAAUGAUUUUCAAGCCUUGCGGACUUGUGUUGUAGUACAGAAAACAAUGCUGGCUCUCCCUCCGUUUAAGUCUUAACUGAUUACAUAAUAGACCUAUGCAGAUCAGGUUUGAUUUCUCACUGUUUCAUAGUGUUUCGGUCUCCCUGUUAGCUGUGGGAGACUUGUUCCUACUGUAGUAGAGAGAGCUGCAGGACAGGGGAGCUGAUUUUUCAGUUGGUUUAUUGGUGUUGUCUUCUGGUAGGGGCAAAAAUAAGUGUCUGUGAGUAGCUGGCAAAUGUUUUUCAGAAAGGUCUACUUGUAGGCACUAUUUCAUUGAAAACAUUUAUUUUUCAGAGUAGGCAAGAUAUCUUUUUUUUUUUUAAGCAUUUAUUUUGGUUUUUGCGUUGCUUCCUUAGGCAUUUCAAGUGUCCAUAUAAAUAAGCAAGAAGACUGCUUGUUCCGUGUGUGUCAGCCAGACCUGUUGAAACGCAUCUGAUGCAAUCGUUGUCUCCUUAUAGGUACAAGAGAUGGGUUUCAGCCUUAUCACAGCACAGGGAAAUAGAGCUAAGUUUUCCCUCUGCAGUAUUCUUUUUGAUUGCCUGAUUCUUUUUCAUUGCUUUUCUAACCUCCUUCACAAUUUUUGGGGGGUUCUUUUAGGGCUCCCACUAUAACAUUUUCCCUUAUUUUCAUGACAUCCAGAAAAUCUGAAGGCUUUAACUCAGACAAGGCACUUUCAAGUGUAUUCCUUGUCAUAUGUAAGUAAUGUUCAUGCUCACGUCAUGAAAGGCAUAAACAUUGCCAGCACUUAGAAGACACUUCAGGUUAGAUUUGUUUUUCAACCUCAAGAACGUUAGACCACUUGAUCAACUGUAUUGCUGCAAAACCUUCCCGACUUACUAAAUAUUUGUUGUUUAUUGCAUGAAGGCUUGUUUGAGCUAAACCCAGGUGGCCUAGCUCCAUGUGUUGAGUGUGAAAGUAGAGAGUGCAAAAUCUAUCUUGUGUGGAGUAUCUCAAGCAUCGGGUCAGCGUGGUAGACACAUCUGUUCUCUUCUAAAUUACAACACCAAACAUGUUGUCUACUGUGUUUGUAUCAAAGACCAUUUUUUUGAAAGAAUCACCAGCCUCUAUUCAACUGUCCCUUGCAAGGUGACAAGUAUUUUUUAAUCUAUGCUUAUAAUAACUAAUUGUUUAUUAUGCGGAAAGUACUUGAAGCCAUCUGUUUUACUCUGAUUUUUUAAUCCUUUUUUUCUUAAAAAUAAAUAAAACUAGGUUUAUAUUUAGGGUUAUGUUUCUUAAUUUUUUUUUCAUAUUUAUAUUUGAGUACCUGAUGACUGACAAUUGGUGUUUCAUCGUCAUGAUUGGAAAGAGGUCCUUUCUGCACUAUGAGGACUAUUUUAAACCUAAUUCUGUGAUAUCAAAGGUGUGGUUGCAUCUUAAAUCUACAUAGCCUGGUUUUUCUUCGCCUAACACUCUGCUUUGGUGCAGUUCCCUGGACAUCCAGGUAACUCGCCACAAGGGAAAACCUAAAAACCUCGUUUAUGAUUAAUGCAGAGGAGACCUAAAUGACUUCUUCUAGUCUGUCCUGAGCCAUGGCUGUGCUUUCACACCAGGAGUAACCAUGGCCAGCCUACUCCAGUAGCCUUAACAUAGUCUUCAGGAAUGACUUCAGAGGACAGGUUAUAUAUGUUGGUGAUAUAAAUACCAGCUACGCUUUUCUCAGUCGUUCAGAGAACUUUGUGGUGUCAUCAAAUGUGUCGGAAACAUCAGUGUGAGUCUUGGUCGUGGAGCGGUGAAAGGUUUGCGUCUGUGUGUGAUUAGAGUUGGAUUCUGCAAAUGUAAUCAAAUGCAGUCCACUGUUGACCCUUACAAGGGCUUUUCUCCCUGCUGGAGCCAAACAUGUAACCUACUGUAAUGUGGUAAACAUCCACAAAUCUGUAAUUCAUUCUCUCCUCUCAUGUAUUUGGGUCGAAAAGAAAGAAUAAUCUUCUUGUCAGCUGCUGAUGUCACAUUUGCAGUGCCUGACUUUGUGGUGCGGGGUGGUAAGUGAAGAAUCCUCCUCUCACAGGGAAGGGUGUUGGCUGGUAAAUUUUCAGAUUAUGGGCAUCAUUUUCCAGCUCAAUUAGAAAUGCAAGAUGGGGAAAAAAUUGAAUUAAAAGAAAAAGCUUUUUGGAUAUAGAAGCUUCUUUGUUUAAAAAGUAGUUAUGGAAGAUCUUUCUGUGAAUGUGGGGUUUUUUUUCCUCUUUGGUCAAAAUGCUGCUUUUUACUCAAAAGGUUCUAAUGUACAGAUUUUUUUUUUGGAGACCAUUUUGUUCUUACUCUGUUUCCCUAUUCAAAGUACACUAAGAUGGCACUUAGGGACAUGGUUUAGUGGUGGACUUGGCAGUGCUAGGUUAACGGUUGGACUUGAGGAUCUUAAAGGUCUUUUCCAACCUAAACAAUUCUGUCAGGUAAAUCAUUUUGAAAAUUUUUUCAAUGCUGUUAGGUUAAAGGUGCUAGUACUCCAGGAAUCACACACAGACCCUCUUUACUGGGACGCAUAUUGGCUCCAAGACUUGUCUCACUCAUUAGCACGUUUGUCAUGGCUCACCUUCUCUCGCAGUCCCAGCAGCCGCACUGCUCAGCAGCGACUGCUCCGUCUAUGGGACCUACAGGUCUUGCUAGGUCUUGCUUACGUUAUCUGAGGUCAUUGACGUGCUUCAAGGAGACUGCUCUUGUUUGCUCAAUCAAAUGUUUCCUCAUCAGCAUCAGGGGUUUCCUUCUCUUUGCUCAGAACAGAAGGUUGAAAUCCUGCCAUCUGUGUUUGUCAUCAAGCUCAUCUGGGUAGCAGGACUUCAGACCAAGACAUUUCUCUCUUGGGUUUGAAGCUGCAAGGCCCAAAGCUGGUCUGUAAGCUGUUGUCUUGAUCAUAUGAAAUGUAGUUUCUAGUUUUGUGCAUUGCAUCAAUCUCUGUUGUUCAAAAAAGAUCCGUGUUUUUAUAACUGGAUUUUAUAUGUACCCUGUGUGAAAGGAAACACCAGGAUACCACAAACCUACAGAAAGCCUUAGUUUUCAGAGUUCACCGAUUAUAUUAGAAUGUUUUAACCAUGUACCAGUUACUCUUCAGCAACAAUAAAGACCUGAAGCAUUG